AUGGAUGAUCUUACCCUCAAGGAAGAAAAGUGCAAAGUGUUGGAAAUGAAGCUUCAAUUUGCUAAUAAACAGGUUGAUGAUUUCCUAGCAGAGAAGACAGUCACUCGCAGUUGUAUCUUUAAUGUAACUGGACUACUCUAUGAUAUUAUUGAGACUCGUGAUCCAAUGAUCUUCAUCAUAGUCAAGAAGCAUUUAGUUGACAAGCUACGAUCGGUGUUUGCAAUGUUGCACCAUCUGGAGGGUGUUUCGCAACCACUGUUUGUUCCUAAGAAAGGGAAAGAGGGUAGCUCGCAGGAUCAAAUGAAUGUUCCCUCCAAAGUUCCAGUUAUACCUCUUGUCAUCUAA